CACCAACGAAGAAGAAGAAGGAGGAAGUGGCGUCAACUGUCAUGGCGGCUGUCGCGGUUGAACUAAAGCCUGUAAACAAGCAAUUGUAUGUCAAAUUAACCGUUUUUUCUCCACUGUGGAAUGUUUGUUGUUAGUAGUAACUGAUCGGGUUUGAGAUAACAGCAGCAACGUCACGUCUUCAGUGGUUUUAUUACCUGAGAGCUGAGAUAGCUUAGCUGUUAGCGCUUCAUCCAGGAUGAGGUGUGUGUUGAUGGUGGCAGAGAAACCUUCCCUGGCUCAGUCCAUCGCCAAGAUCCUCUCUAAAGGAAACUGUACGAGUCGUAAGGGGCUGAAUGGAGCGUGCUCAGUGCAUGAAUACCCCGGCAGCUUCCAGGGCCAGGCCGUACGCUUCAAGAUGACUUCUGUUUGUGGACAUGUGAUGAGUCUGGAUUUCAUUGGGAAGUACAACAACUGGGACAAAGUGGAUCCUGCAGAACUGUUCAGCAAAGCUCCCACAGAGAAAAAGGAGGCCAACCCCAAACUCAACAUGGUCAAGUUCCUCCAGGUUGAAGCCAGAGGCUGUGACUACGUGGUUUUAUGGUUGGACUGCGAUAAAGAAGGCGAGAACAUCUGUUUUGAGGUGCUUGAUGCCAUAGAGCCUGUGAUGAACAAGGGGAACGGCAGGGAGCGGACCGUUUACCGGGCCAAGUUCAGCUCCAUCACUGACACGGACAUCUGGAACGCCAUGAACUGCCUGGGAGAACCCAACCGCAACGAAGCCCUGUCAGUCGACGCACGGCAGGAGCUGGAUCUGCGCAUCGGCUGUGCUUUUACCCGUUUCCAGACCAAGUAUUUCCAGGGUAAGUACGGCAACCUGGACUCCUCUUUGAUCUCAUUUGGACCCUGCCAGACCCCAACACUAGGUUUCUGCGUGGAACGCCAUGACAAAAUCCAGUCCUUUAAACCAGAGACCUACUGGGUCAUCCAGGCAAAGGUGUUCAAAGGAAAGGACAGCCCACUGACCCUGGAUUGGAACAGGAUGAGGGUCUUUGACAGGGACGUGGGUCAGAUGUUUGUCAACCUGGCCAAGACUUCCAGGGAGGCCAAGGUGGAGUCAGUGAGUAAGAAGGAGAAGGCGAAGCAGAGGCCCCAGGCUCUCAACACAGUGGAGAUGUUGAGAGUGGCCAGCUCUUCCUUAGGCAUGGGUCCCCAGCACACCAUGCAGGUAGCAGAGCGCCUGUAUACUCAGGGCUACAUCAGCUACCCUCGUACUGAGACCACACACUACCCUGAGAACUUUGACCUGAAGGGGGCGCUGAAGCAGCAGACCACCAACCCCUGCUGGGCCGAGGAGGUUAAGGCUCUGCUUUCAGCUGGAAUAAACCGACCCAGGAAAGGAGCCGAUGCUGGAGAUCAUCCACCUAUCACUCCCAUGCGUUCUGCCUCAGAGGGGGAGCUGGGGAGCGAUGGCUGGCGGCUCUACGACUACAUCACACGCCAUUUCAUCGCCACUCUGAGUCAGGACUGCAAGUACCUCCAGACCACCAUAGACUUCAGCAUCGGCUCAGAGGCCUUCUCAUGUACUGGCAAAACACUGAUAUCACCAGGUUACACCACAGUGAUGCCGUGGCAGGGCAUCCCUCUGGAGGAGGCUCUGCCAGUCUGUGAGCGUGGAGACACUUUCACAGUAGACGAGAUCAAGCUGGUGGAGAAGCAGACCAGCCCCCCAGACUACCUGACGGAGGCCGAGCUCAUCACCCUCAUGGAGAAACACGGCAUCGGUACAGAUGCUAGCAUCCCCGUCCACAUCAACAACAUCUGCCAGAGGAACUAUGUGACCAUAGAGAACGGACGGAGGCUAAAGCCGACCAACCUGGGCAUCGUCCUGGUCCACGGCUACUACAAGACAGAUGCAGAGCUGGUGCUGCCCACCAUCCGUAGUGCUCUGGAGAAGCAGCUGAACCUGAUCUCUCUGGGGAAGGCGAACUACCAGCAGGUCCUGCAGCACACGCUGGAUAUCUUCAAGAGGAAGUUUCACUACUUUGUGGAUUCUAUCCCCAGUAUGGACGAGCUGAUGGAGGUCUCCUUCUCCCCCAUCGCUGCCUCGGGGAAGCCUCUGUCCCGCUGCGGCAAGUGCCACCGCUUCAUGAAGUACAUCCAGGCCAAGCCCAGCAGGCUGCACUGCUCCCACUGUGACGAGACCUACAGUCUGCCCCAGAACGGAGCCAUCAAGCUGUACAAGGAGCUGCGCUGUCCGCUGGACGACUUUGAGCUGGUGCUGUGGACGUCGGGGUCCCGGGGGAAGAGCUACCCGCUGUGCCUCUACUGCUUCAGCAACCCGCCUUUCAGGGACAUGAAGAAAGGUAUGGGGUGUAAUGAAUGCACCCAUCCGUCCUGUCAGCACUCUCUCAACUCUCUGGGCAUCGGACAGUGUGUGGAGUGUGAAAGUGGUGUUCUGGUGCUGGAUCCCAUCUCUGGACCUAAAUGGAGGAUGGCCUGUAAUAAAUGCAACGUGGUGGUGCACUUCUUUGAACACGCACACAGAGUGCAGGUUUCUCAGGAGAGCUGUGAGGUCUGUGAUGCGUCUCUGGUCGCCGUCGACUUCAACAAGACUCGUACUCCACUUCCUGCCGGAGAGACUCAACACACCGGCUGUGUGUUCUGUGAUCCGAUCUUCCAGGACCUGGUGGAGCUCAAACACGCCACCAUGAGGCACGCCAUGUACCGCGGUGGGGGAGCGAGGCGAGGAGGACGCGGGCGGGGCAGGGGUCGCCGCGGCAACCUGAGAAAACCCAAAGACAAGAUGGCUGCUCUGGCAGCUUACUUUGUAUAGCGUCUCUGCUUCCUGUUAUCUGCUCGUAUCAGUUAAUGGACUGUUUCAUAACACUGAAAUAAAAUAUGGACUUAAAAUGUUUGUUCACCAUCACGGACAAAGAGUUGAUAUUUAUUAUGUUGUCAGCUUUAAAAACUGUUUCAGAGACAAAAAAAGUCUAAAUAGUUUUCUAACAGUUUGGCCUUUCAUCUUAAAUCCAUAAAUCCUUAAAUCCUAUGGCAUGCAGUUAUUGUGGUAACAUUGACUUGUAACUUGUACAGCAUGACACAAUAAAUGUACAAUUUACCCAGAUAACGUUUGGAAAGUUGAUAUGCUAACAUGUUAGCAAUAAGUUUGAUUUUCCAUAACUGAUUUUAGUUUAUAUUUUCCUUUUUAAUUUGCAGUAAUGUUUCUCCAUAUCAAGCUUUUCAUUUUCACUUUACAUUUCCAUAUUUCCAUUUUUCAAUAUUAUUUGUCAUACUUUGUAACAAUAAAUCGAUAACUUGACUGGUCAUUUGACCAAAAAACAUGUGCAAUCAAUUCUGAUUAUUGAUUGUUAUGCAGAAAUGCCAUGCCACACAUUGCCAAAAUACACAGCUUUAAGGAAAGCAUCAAAUCUUUUUACAUUUGAGAACCAGCCAACCAGUAGACUUGGCUUGGCUGACACUAGUGA